GGGUCCCAUAGUGCUAGCUAUUACCAUUUCCGGAUAUCCUAAUUGACGCUUCGGCCGGACCAGCCCCCCCGAAAACAUCGGCGAUUAAGCGAGACAGGUCGAAGCCAUCUGCGAGGCGGCAACCAUCUGAAAAAUUACACAUGACGACUCGAUCGGCUUCAAGGGCGGUCUCUGUUAUUUCAGCAAGGCUGGAUAAUAAUAUCACCAACUCAAUCCAAGGCUCCGCUGCCGACGCUCGUCGUCGCAGUUCGGCAAGCACUUCAACAAUUAAUGUUGGUGCCUCUGAGCCUGAAUCUGUUGUGCCUCCUAAUAAGCGUGCUCGACUAUCAACAACACCAUCAAAUGGUGUGAGUGAAGAUCAAAAUUCCAUCAUCAUUAAUAACCAUGAUGAUGAGGUCAAAAAUCUAAAUUCUCCUCCAAUUGCUACUUUUAGCCCUCUGGAGAGCAGAGCUUCCUCGAGAAAACGUUCUAUUGAUGAAGUUGGUACUGAUACAACUACCAACCUCGGCCGCGAAGCCACUAGCGAAGUGCAGCAGCAGGAACAGCAACCCAAUGUUGUUUUAGAUGCAGAAGACGAGCCACCAUUGAAGAAAAGAAGAGGACGGAAACCAAAAAAUGCUACUAACGGAGAUGCAAGCUCUGCAGCAAUGAUUUCGACUGAAGAAAUUGCGCCGGUGAAGCGUCCUCCUGGACGCCCUCCGGGUCGGUCAGCUGUCGGAAAACCCUCGGCAAACCAGCUGGGGCCUGGAAAAGGUCGAAGAGGAUUUCCGGGCAAGAGAAGGGCACCCCAUCCGGAUGCUCGCAUUGAAGCGGACCUAAUCAGGCAAUCCCAGCUAAAGAGAGCAUAUCGUGUCGUCGCUCGCGGAUUGAAGACGGCUCUAAUUGAAUUGGGCGAACGCACGGAACAGACCUUGGAAGAUGAUCCUGAGGCCCAUGUCAACAACGACGCCCAUCAAGUCAUCCAAGAUCAACUUGAUGCUCGCUUGGCUGAGCGCUUGGCUUUUAUUCAAAGAGAGCAUCAAAUUGAAGCCGAGCAUCAGCAACGCAAACUAGAGUUUGAGAGAGAACUAAUCCGUCAGAUGUUUCAGCAAAAUGUUGCCAAUCUUCAAGAGGACUAUCUCAUCCGCGGUAAACAUGAGUUGAUGGAGCUCUAUCGCAGCCAGACGCAGCGAGAAACUGAAGGUGACGUCACUGAGUCAGAGGUAGGUCGUAGGUGCACCCAUUGCGAGGACUCCACGUAUUGACAGAUUUUUUAGGAUGAGAUUGAGGCUCCACCUAGACAAGAACCAUCUGAUUUGCGUGUGGGCUCCAAUCCUUCAAGAAGCGUUUUCUUCGAUAAAACGGAGAAACGCUGGGAUUUCUUUGAUAAUAUAGUCAAAAUCCGACUGGACCUGCUCGAGGAAUUCCCAGAUAUACUGGAUCAGCCAACCUCGUUUACAAC